AAGCUGGUGCUUCACAUGAGCCUGGGGAAGUGACCAUGCUGCACUCAGCAGGAGCCCACUCCAGCAAACUUCUCAAACAGGUGGCUGCCUGCUGCCUGCUCCUGCCCCGCUUCCUGCUCACAGCCCUGAUGCUCUGGCUGCUGGACUUCCAGUGCAUCAGAAGGAGGAUCCUCAUCAGCAAAGAGGAGGAGGAGGAAGAGGAGAGGAUCCAGCACGAUGACCCUCCUGUCUGCGUCUCUGACUCCAACCGUAUGUUCACCCUGGAGUCCCUUAAAGCUGUCUGGCAUGGGCAGAAACUCGACUACUUUAAGUCAGCCCACCUGGGCAGCACAGCCCCCAACACCGACGUUGUUCUGCUAGAAGGGCAGAAACUCUGCAGGAUCCUGGAUUUCUCCCAAGGGAAGCGACCACUGAUCCUUAAUUUUGGGAGCUGCACCUGACCCCCCUUCAUGGCUCGCCUUCAGGCUUACCAGCGCCUGGCUGCCCAGCACAUUGACAUUGCAGAUUUCCUGCUGGUGUAUAUAGAGGAAGCUCACCCGUCUGAUGGCUGGGUGAGCACAGAUGCCUCCUAUCAGAUCCCAAAGCAUCAGUGCCUCCAGGACAGACUGACAGCCGCUAGGCUCAUGCUCCAAGGUGUGCCAGGGUGCAGAGUGGUUGUGGACACUAUGAAUAACUCUUCCAAUGCUGCAUAUGGAGCUUACUUUGAGAGACUUUACAUCAUCCUAGAGGGGAAGGUGGUGUACCAGGGGGGCAGGGGUCCUGAGGGAUACAAGAUCUCUGAACUGAGGAGCUGGUUACAUCAAUAUGAACAUAACCGCAUGGGCACAGACACUGUGACCAUUCAAAUGUAAUUUUUUUUUUGUUCCUAAUAAACACAAAAAAGUAUUCCAGUACUGUAAACUAUUGCAGCCCAGCAGUAUUAUUAUGCCCAGGACUGACAAGUCUGUGAAUUUGAUUAUUAUAAUCAGAUAAGUGUCCACCUGACCUGAUGCGAAUCAUGUUGAUUUCUAUCUUACAGAAAUAAGCUACAAUGUUGUCUGAUAUAUAUAUAUUUUUGUGAAUACUCGCUGCCUUUGUAAAAGUGAUUAUUCUUGUUACAUGGGGAGGGGUAGUACCAGUGUAUAUGCCACUGCAACAUUACUGAUGAUCCUGCUGGUAUUUUUAAGUGACGAUCGAUUCUGAAAUGGUUUUUAUACCAGAGAAUCGUGUCCGAUGUUCCAAAAUACCUGUGGUAUCCAGUAUUAGAUGAUACAGUGCAGUUGUUUAUUUAUGUGAUUUUUUUUUUUUUUUGUAAGCAGACUUUUCUAUAAGAGGUUUUUUUUUACGAUUAAAAAGAUGCUAUAAUAAUAA